AUGGACGGCACUGCCAUCGGGUCGGAAGACCACUUCGACCCUCCGUCACGCCUGUUUGAGCGCCUCCGCCAGAUCGCCGGUUACACCUGGGACGAGUCCAGACUCCCCUUCCACACAUCUUACGACAUCUGGCACGUAUGCGGCACCAGAUUUGUGUCGCCCUACCCACCGUCGUCCUCUUCGUCCCACCCCGCCUCGAGCCCCGGCUCGGCCGCAAGGCUACAGUCCGGCCGACCGUCGCCCUCCGAACAUGCAAGCUCUUCGAGUCUUCACUCAGGCCUGCCCAGCGAUGCCAGCAGCGACUUCUCGGCCGCCUCGCCCCCCAUAAACCCCUCCGGCGCCGCUGAGAUAUCAUACGUAGAGGAGCCCGUGGUAGCCCGCGUCUCCUACCAUGUGCUCCGCGAAGAGAGAGCCUUUCACAUAGCCAAGAACCUGUUUGCCACGGCCGAUCCCCAAGGGCACCACAUUGUCAAGCCGCUCGACCUUAUCCGCCUCGCCCCCCACCCGGGCGACCGCGGGUCCAUCGUCGUCGCAAUAUAUCAGCAUCCUGGCCAGAAUUACCUGUUCGACCUGAUGGACAUGGGGCCGGCGUUCUACAAGGCGAGAAAGGUGGACGACCGUUAUGAGGCGUAUCGAAGGACCAAAUUCCGCCUGCAGCCCCCGAUAGACCUGCAAUACUUCCUCGACUUCGCCAUCGGUGCAAGUCAGUGUCUUGAGAUACUUCACUACGGCCAGGUAAUAACGCAUGGAGAGAUCCGCCCGGACGCCUUCCACUUCAACAUCGAGACCAACUCGGUCAAGCUGAUCAACUUCGGUACCGGGACAAGGUCGUUCGAGGGUGGCCUGUCGAGUACGUCAUGGUCGAGCUUGUCUAAGGAGCUGGGUGCGAAGAACAAGCUCCUCUACAUCAGCCCCGAGCAGACAGGGCGCAUGCCAGCGGAACCUGACAGCCGGACCGACAUCUAUUCGCUGGGCGUGGUAUUCUGGACACUGCUCACGCAGCAGCCCGUGUUCGAGGGCGAGACACCACUAGACAUCGUGCAGGGCGUUCUCGGCCGGAGGAUUCCUAACCUGUCGCAGGUCCGGCUCGACAUACCCGACGUGAUCGGCCGCAUCAUACAAAAGUGCACGGCGAAGACCGUCGCAGAUCGAUACCACUCGGCUAGCGGCCUCAAGCACGACCUGCUCAAGGUGCAGCAGUUUCUGACUGACGGCGACUGGUUGGCGUUGAAGGAGUGGAAGAUCGGCGAAAAGGACAUCUCAUCCUUCUUCAUACUGCCCAGCAUGAUGAUCGGGCGGCAGAAGGAAAGGGCAGACCUCGUUAGAGUGAUCGAGCGGGUUGCCAAGACCCACUCGAUGAAUCAAAGGUCGCCAAACAACCGUUUCUCGGACGGUUCGCAACUCUCGGUCGAGCUCCCCGACUGCGGCGACCUGUCGAGCGAGGGCGCGAGCUCCGCGGAGGGCACCACCCGCCGUAGCGGCUCCUUCACGCAUACUACCUCCUCUGAUCCUAGGCAGUCGAGGGCUAGCUUUGUGCCGUCCGUCCUGUCCGACACCCAGACAAUAUCGGGUGACACCAUCGCCUCGUCCAACUCGGGGCCGUUCGGGCGCAUGACGAGACCGUGGGAGAGACAGUGGGAGAGGCACCAGUCAGUGUCCAUCGAGACGCGGAGCCUCGCCGACGGCAUCGGCACGCCCACGGAUAGCAACCGGCUCAGUGCCGUUGAGUCAUCGUCCUCGAGCCUGUCCCGCCAGCUCGGCUCGGCCAAGUUCCGGAGGCGCGGGCAUUGCGAGAUCGUCCUCGUAGAGGGGGCGGGUGGCCUCGGGAAGAGCUGCCUCUACCAGUCCGUUCUCGCCGAGGCCAGGCGAAGAGGCUACUGCGCCACGGCCAAGUUCGAUACGGCUCGCCGGACUGCUUUCGGGCCGCUGCUUAAGCUGCUGUCGUCCCUCUUCAAGCAGGUCUUUGGCGAGCGCAAUACGGACACGCAGUUUCACCAGGCGCUGAAGCAGUAUGUCCGUCCUGUGUGGCCGACGCUCCACAAGGUUCUCGGGCUUCCCGACUUCCUCAUCGGCGCCCUCGACACCUCCGUCCCCCGAUCCGUCUCCAUCACGCAAAGCGUGACCCAGACUCGCCAUAUCAGGGCCGGCCUCAAGAGACGCGGUUCGUCCCCAGGAAGCUCCCCUGGGCGCCUGACCAAGCCCGCAGUCAUAUCAUCCCAGGCGUCCCAGGACUUCCUGCGAGCGGGCGGCGCGACCAAGACGAUGCGUCUGAUGAACACGUUUCUCGAUGUGCUGCGCAUGUUCACGUCCCACAAAUUCAUCUGCUUCGUGCUGGACGACCUUCAUUUUGCCGACGACGAGUCGAUGGAGCUAAUUACUCAGAUCAUUGGGGCGCGGAUGAAGAUGGUUGUCAUCAUUACCUACCGGCCAGAGGAGCUAUCCCCCGAGCGGGUCCAGUCCAUCAUUCAAGCUCCCGAAUCCGAAGGUGAGCAAGCCCGCCGCCCUUCGAGGACGGCGCUGUGUGCUAACGGAACGGCAGAAUUCCCGCGAUCGGGCGGCCCAGUCGUCACCCGCAUCAAGCUGUCCCCUCUAGGCGAGGACGACAUCAUCCAAUAUGUGGCGACGACGCUGUGCAGGCCCAAGGAGGAGGUUCUCCCUCUGGCGCUCGUCAUACAGUCAAAAACAGCAGGCAACCCGUUCUACAUGCGCGAGAUGCUCAGUGCGUGCUAUAGGAAAAAGUGCAUCUGGUACGACUACAGGGACAGCAACUGGCACUUUGACCUCGACAGACUGUUUGAGCACUUCAAGGGCGCGAGCGACUACGACAUACUCGACACCGGCUUCAUCACCCGCAGGUUGAACGAGCUGCCGCCCGCGUCUAGGGCAAUGCUCGCCUGGGCUGCCCUGUUGGGGUCCUCCUUUUCUUUCGAGCUCAUCUCCCGGCUCAUGAGCGGCGAGUUCCAGUACGAUGACGAAGACGAGAACGAAACCAUGUGUCGAGGAGUGGGCAACGAGCAAUACCAUGCGCGGUAUUCCCAGCAGGAGGCGAUUGACGGGCUGCAAGCGGCCGUGCAGGCCUACAUCAUCGUCCCCAGCGAGACGGACGACAGGUUCCGCUUUGCCCACGACAGAUUUAUACAGGCAUCGGCGGCGUUGAAGGAGUGCAACGCUCGCAAGAUGCACUUUGUCAUUGCCCAGACUCUGUUGAAGUAUUAUUCGGCAGACCCUAGGGCCAAGGACAACACGGCCUCGCACAUCUGCGAGUCUGUCGACAUCAUCAAGAAGCGCAUCCCCAGGCGUCAGUCGUACCGCAAACUGCUGUUCGAGUCCGCGCAGGCGGCCGUCGAGAACUGUGCCCGUCCAACUGCUUCCAAACUAUAUAGCACAGCGGUUGCACUCCUCCAGCCCGACCCCUGGGACGACGAGCUUGAGGACGUCUCCUAUGACGAGACCAUGCAGCUGCAUUUGCGAGCUGCCGAAUGCUACCUCUACAUGGGCAACCAUGCGGCAGCCAACGCCCUGCUAGAGAACGUCUUCCAAUGUGCCCGCACACCUCUCGACAAGGCGCCUGCCUACGUUCUGCAGUCUAGAACCCUCGCGCAGAGCGGCAACGCCAAGGGAGCUCUCGCCUCCCUCAAGGAGUGCCUGCAUGCACUGGACGUGGAAUUCGACGAUAACCCGACGUUCGAGAAGUGCGACGACCAGUUUGAGAAGAUGUCUGUGAGGAUACAAACCAUGGACAAGAACGAGCUCAUGAAUCCGCCACAGUCACAAGAUCCCGGCCUGCCGUCUGUCGGCGCAGUACUUGCCGAGACGGUCAGUGCCGCGUGGUGGAGCGACUAUCUACGCUUCUACCACCUCUCUCUCGUCAUGCUCGACCUGCAUCUCACUCGCGGCGCCUUCCCGCAGUCCGGAAUGGCGUUCCUCCACCUCGGUCUGAUUGCCCUGGCCCGGUUCAACAUGGUCAGCUUCGCCGUCGAGGUGGGCAACGUCUGCAUCGAGCUGCUUGACCGGUACCGCGAUCCCUUCUCCAUGGCUAGGGGCUACAUGCUGUACGCCAACUUCAUCGGGCACGUCCAGAUCCCUGUGGCCGUGGCGCUGAGCCAUCUGGAGGGCUCGGUCGACUACGCAGCAGCAGCCGGCGAUAGGAUUUCCUCGAUCCUGAGCUUCGGACUGGCGGCGCAGCUGAAGUUUUUUGCCAGCGAGAACUGCUCCGACUUGGAGGCCUUCUGCCGGUAUGGCUGCGAAGAGAUACCCAACUGGCAGCAAGACACGCGGGGGGGCACCCUUCUCAUCUCGAUCCGACAGGCGUGCCGUGCCCUGCAGGGGAAGACGCGCACCACCGAGUCACUCGAGGUCAUGACCGACGAGCAGCACAGCUCGGCCAAUUACAAGUUAUGGCUGAGGGCCAACACGCAGAACGGCAACCGGUCGAUUCUCUGGUACGAGAGCAUCGAGAUUGUGCCCCUGUUCAUCUAUGGGCACUACGACCGCGCCAUCGAGAUUGGCCAGGCGUGCUACGAAGCUAUCCAAAACCUGUGGUCCGCCCGCAACAGCAGGCUGGUCAUGUUUUUCUACGGCCUUGCACUCGCGGGAAGCAUGGUCCGCAAGCUCAACGACCCCAGGCUAGACCCCGGCAGUCUGACCGACGAAACGGAGGACACUCUGCACAAGCUCCGCGAGCUGACCAAGAGGAUCAAAGAGUGGGAGGUCUACACCGAGGUUAACUACAUGUCAUGGUCCAGGAUCCUCGAGGCGCAAACUGCAGAAUUGACGGGCGAUUAUGGCGGCGCCGUCAAGCUCUACGAAGAGGCUCUUGACAACGCUGAGGAGCACAACUACCUGUUCGAGGCGGCGCUGGGCAAUACGCUGAUGGCGGGCACGCUCGUCAGACGCAAGGCCCGAAGGUUGGCUCGCUCUGCGCUCAGGGAUGCCAUUGCGUUCUACCGCCAGUUCGGGGCCGUUGCCGUCGCCGACCGUCUCGAGGAGGAGCACGCUGUCCUGCUUCACAGUCCGGCACGAAACCCCAGGACGACGGACGUCGCCGUGCAGACCGACUUUGCCGGCGACAGCGGCACGGUCGACUACCGCGCCGUCGAGGGCGAGGAAGGCCCAGAUGGGCUCCAGCAGUCCAACCACACCGCCAUCGCCGACAUUAAGGGCGAGCGGAUCGGUGCGUGGCGCGGCUCAAUGCACGAGCACAACGAACCCGGGGUAGGUCUGCCUGCACUCGAUAUGAUCGAUUUGCACGCGAUCCUGCUCUCGUCUCAGGUCAUCUCUGGCGUCCUCCGGGUCGACGAGUUGCUCAAGACCAUGUGCGACGUCAUCCUGCAGACCUGCGGCGGCUCGGCUACGCUCGCCGCCAUUGUCGUCCAAGACUCGGACGAGUCUGGCUGGAGCCUCGCCGCCAGCGGCGACCCGGAAAGGGGCGCGUCGGCGCAUAUCCCAGGCCUGCCUCUGGCUGGCACCUCACUCGUCGCCGAAAACGUCAUACUCUACUGCACCCGUUUCCGAGAAGCAGUCUUCAUCCCCGACAUCGUUAGCGAUGAGCGGUUCGGCAACGUGAGCGAGGCCUGGCUGCAGCGGAACGUCUUCAGCAAGGCCAUCAUCGCCAUCCCCAUCUGCCACGGGUCCAAGCCGCUCCUCGGUGUCUUGUACCUCGAGGGCGAGCCGGGCUCCUUCACCGACCGCAACGUCUCCGUCUUGCAGCUGCUGGUGAACCAGAUCGGCAUCAGUUACUCCAAUGCCCUGGCCAUGAAAGCCGUCGAAAAGGUCUCGGCAGAGAACGUGUCCAUGGUCGCCCUGCAGAAGCGUGCCUUGGCUAAGGCUCUCGAGGCAGAGACCAAGGCCAAACACGCCGAGGCCGAGGCCAAGCGCAACGUCAAGCUGGCCGAGGAGGCUGCCAAGGCCAAGUCCAUCUUCCUCGCCAACGUCUCCCACGAGCUGCGCACGCCUCUCAACGGCGUCAUAGGAAACUCGGAGCUGCUCAAGGACAGCGACCUGGACAAGGAUCAGCAGGAGAUGGCGGACAAUAUCAAGGUGUCUGCGGAGCUGCUGCUGACCGUCAUCAAUGACAUACUCGACUUUUCCAGAAUGGAGGCCGAUAAGAUGAAACUCUACGUCAUCGCCUUCAACCCCGAAGAGAUGGUGCGCGAGGUUGUGCGCGCGGUGUCGUACAGCAACCGGCAAAAGACAAAGCAGAAGAAUGUCAAGAUUAUACAGGACAUCGACCUACCUCCCAUGCUCAUCUUUGGUGACCCUAUCAGACUUCACCAAGUCUUGGGCAACCUUAUUAGCAACAGUCUCAAGUUCACCGAGGAUGGAUCCAUCACCAUUGGCGCCCGCGUCGAGUCGGAAACCAACGACAAAGCCACCUUGUUGUUCAGGGUGCAGGAUACGGGCAUCGGCAUCCCGCAGCAGCAGCUGGUCAAGCUCUUCCAGCCGUUCAGCCAGGCAGAUACCAGCACGGCUCGCAAGUACGGCGGCAGCGGUCUUGGUCUGAGCAUCUGCAAGUCUCUGAUUGAGACGAUGAUGAAGGGCAAGAUCCAGCUCGACAGCCAAGAAGGCGUCGGGACGACGGCAUGGUUCAAGGUUACGUUUGACAAGGCCAAGUCCGACGUAUCUGCCGGCGACGCGCAGCAGAUGAAGUCCCCGCCAGCCAUCGAGCGCUCCGCCUUCCUCGCCGAGCGCGACACGUCGCCGAACCCGUUCCUGGACCUCACCGCCAUCCCCAAGGACCAAAUCAGGAUCUGCAUCGCGGAAGACAACCCCAUUAACCAAAAGAUAGCCAUCCAGUACGCGCAGCGUCUGGGCUACACCACCGUCGACGCCUACGAGAACGGCCUGAAGGCUGUGGAGGGUCUACGGCAGAAGGCCAGGGAUGGUCGGCCGUACCACGUGGUCCUCAUGGACGUGCAGAUGCCCGUGCUCGACGGCUACGAGGCGACCAAAAUGAUCCGCAAGGACCCAAUAGACGUCGUGCGCAAGAUACUCGUCAUCGCCAUGACGGCAUCGGCCAUUCAGGGCGACCGCGAGAAGUGUCUGGCGGCGGGCAUGAACGACUACCUAGCAAAGCCGGUGCGCUCCGAGGUGCUGAAGAAGAAGCUGGACACCUACGUCAGCCCUCAGGUAUCCAUCGCUCCGUCUCCCGAUGCCGCACGCUCUGCUUCCACGUCGCCGACGUAUAUCACCACCGACCUCAACGGGGCCGGGGCCAGCUUCCAUCUGCCCGUAAGGGAGAACCCGGCAUACAGCCGUCCGUCGGGAAGCAGCAACAACACGGUGCACAGCCGAGCAUCAAGCGACUCAAGGUCCGCUGUCGAUCUGGGCUUGGUAGCCGAGACACAAUCGCAGGCGCCGUCUCAGAAACGUUCGUCGCGCAAGCUCACCAAGACACGCACCAGCAACGAGUCGCUGCCGACCGAGAAGCCGAGGACGGUGCUUACCAAGAAGGCGCCACAGCGCCAAGGGACGACCUCGUCGACGGACGAGAACCUCAAAGCGGAGAAUCUACCGUACCAAGCUGCAAACCGCAACAGCGUGAGCUCGCAAGGGUCAAGCACCAGAGACAAGAUCUUCCCUGGUUAA